CCAGGGGCUAGGGAGAAUGAAUACUUGAAUACGCUACGCUGAUUGGCUUGACGCGAAACCACUUUACGCGCUCCAGCUUUGCGCGUCGCGUCUCCCUUUUGCGCCCACCUUUCGCACAUUCAAACGCAUGGCAUUCUAUUUUGUUCCACCACCACAGCCAGAAGUCGAUUGCGAUCCCGUUCCUUAUUCGAUCGCCUUGCGUUUUUAGGUUUCUGUAAUCGAAAACAUCAUGGACGCUCUCUGGCUUCGGGACGAGGCGGCGCGAAACCGUAUCCGCCAGGCUGAAGAAUUCCUAGAUCCUCAUGAUCAACAUGCGCGAAGCUACAGGCCGGACAUCAUCUUGAUGCUCCAGAAGAACCAGCAGAGACUAGUUGUUAAUAUCGACCAUGUCCGCGAUCACAAUGCCGAAAUCGCCGAGGGACUGCUCACAGCGCCAUUUGAAUACUCCAUGGCCUUCAAUCAUGCUCUCAAGGAGAUCGUCAAGACGAUUCCUCAGGCGAGACCUGACCAGAUUGACGCCGAAGUCAUGUACUACUGCGCUUGGGCCGGCAGCUUUGGGCUGCAUGCCUGCAAUCCCAGAACCAUAUCGUCGCAGCACCUCAAUAAUAUGGUAUCGAUCGAAGGUAUUGUCACAAGGUGCUCUCUGAUCCGCCCCAAGGUCGUCAAGAGCGUGCAUUACAACGAGACCAAAAACAUCUUCCACUACAGAGAGUACCUCGACCAGACUAUGACGAAUGGUGCGACAACGUCGAGCGUAUACCCCCAGGAGGAUGAUGAGGGCAACCCACUUCUCACAGAGUACGGCCUCUGCACCUACCGAGACCAUCAGACCGUUUCCAUUCAGGAGAUGCCAGAGAGAGCGCCUGCAGGGCAGCUCCCCCGUGGCGUGGAUGUGGUCCUUGACGACGACCUGGUUGACAAGGUCAAGCCUGGCGACCGAGUCCAACUAGUUGGCAUCUACAGAACACUCGGCAACCGAAACACGAACCACAACAGUGCUCUUUUCAAGACUUUGAUCCUAGCCAAUAACAUCGUCCUCCUGUCAUCCAAGUCUGGCGCGGGCGUGGCAACAGCAACAAUCACCGAUACCGACAUUCGGAACAUCAACAAGAUCGCCAAAAAGCGCAACGUCUUUCAACUGUUGUCCCAAUCACUGGCACCGAGCAUAUUCGGGCAUGACCACAUCAAGAAGGCGAUUCUGCUGAUGUUGCUUGGAGGCAUGGAGAAGAACCUGGAGAACGGAACCCACCUGAGAGGAGACAUCAACAUUCUCAUGGUCGGCGAUCCGUCAACGGCCAAGUCUCAGCUCCUACGUUUCGUCCUCAACACGGCCCCUCUCGCCAUUGCGACCACUGGUCGUGGUUCUUCCGGUGUCGGUCUGACAGCUGCUGUCACAUCGGACAAGGAGACGGGCGAGCGACGCCUGGAAGCGGGUGCCAUGGUCAUGGCCGAUCGCGGAGUUGUUUGCAUUGACGAGUUCGACAAGAUGUCCGAUAUCGACAGGGUUGCUAUCCACGAAGUCAUGGAACAACAGACGGUCACCAUCGCCAAGGCCGGCAUCCACACGUCGUUGAAUGCGCGGUGCAGCGUCAUUGCGGCCGCAAACCCCAUCUUUGGCCAAUACGACACCCACAAGGAUCCCCAUAAGAACAUUGCCCUCCCGGACUCGUUGCUCUCGCGUUUCGAUCUCUUGUUCGUCGUCACCGAUGACAUCGAGGACACUCGGGAUCGCAAGAUAUCUGAGCAUGUUCUCCGCAUGCAUAGAUACCGGCGGCCCGGGACGGAGGAAGGCGCACCGGUCAGGGAAAAUGCGCAGCAGUCUCUUAAUGUCGCGCUGAAUAGCCAGGCUGAAUCGCAGCGACCUACCGAGGUGUACGAAAAGUACGAUGCGAUGCUCCACUCCGGCGUCACGACCACCUCGGGUCGAGGUGCGAAUAAGAAGCACGAGGUCCUCAGCAUUCCUUUCAUGAAGAAGUACAUCCAGUACGCCAAGACCAGAAUAAAGCCCGUCCUCACCCAGGAAGCCUCGGAUCGAAUUGCGGACAUCUACGUGGGCCUGCGGAACGACGAGAUGGAGGGGAACCAGCGCAAGACCAGCCCCAUGACGGUACGUACCCUGGAGACGCUCAUCCGCCUGGCCACGGCACACGCAAAGUCGCGCCUCUCCAACAGGGUGGAUGAGCGCGACGCCAUCGCCGCCGAGGCCAUCCUCCGUUUCGCCCUGUUCAAAGAAGUCCUCGAGGACGAGUCGAGGAAGAAGCGCAGAAAGACCCGGACCGCUGAGCCCGAGCUGUCGAGCGAGGACUCGGACGACUCGGACGAUGAAGACAACCACCGCGGUACCUCCUCCGCCCGCACCGGCACUGCGCGCACUGCCGCCCGUGCCGCUCGGACGCCGAACGCGUCGGGCAGUCGGCGAAACGGCGCGGCCGGCCGCGCCGCCCGGAGCUCGCCCCCGGCCGCGGAUGGCGACGACGACGGCGAAGACGACAUCUACAACGCCACGCCUCGGAGAUCUGGCCGCAGGAACGGCGCGCCGGCCGGCGAGCCCUCGCAGUCUCAGCUGUCCUUCGCCUCGUCCCUGCCGGCCUCGCAGCUCGAGUCGCAGUCCCAGGAGGAAGAAGAGGAAGAAGGGGAGGAGGAGGAGGAGGAGGAGACGCAAGAAGACGCCGAGCUGGCCAGCGGCGCCGCAGCACUGACUCUCGAGGCGGAGAUUACCCCCGAGCGCCUGGGCGUGUUCCGGAGGGCGCUGGGGCCGCUGAUGAACACGGACCUGUUCGAGGACGACUCGGCGAGCGUGGACGCGCUCAUCGACGCCGUCAACGCGAAGGUUGGCCGGAGCGGGCCCUUCGCUAGGGAAGAGGCCGUCAAGGCGUUGGAGCAGAUGGAUCGUGAUAAUCAGAUCAUGCAAGUUUUCACCUCCCCCACCUGCUUUGGCGACGACAGUGCUGACACGUAUUCUAGGUAUACGGAUGGAGAGCUCGUGUACAAGAUUUGAGGAAUGGAUGGCGGUGGUUGUAACGUGGUUGGCAGUGGAUAUCAAUAAGGGGUAUGGCGUUUCGGGCUUUUGUAGAAUAUUGAACUACCUACCUACCUAUCCAAGAGACGUAUGUGAGAGGGAUGGGGGACAGGUAUACGGAUAAUGUACCUGAGUAAUGAUUUUACGUAUCGGCGGUUGAGUAGCUACAAUGAACCAAGUUCCCA